AUGGCUUUGGAGAAAGAAGAAGAAGAGUCACAAAACGGUCAAAACGCACCGUUUUGUGUGCUUGAUGCGCUCUACUGCGAGGAAGAAAGCGGGUUUGUGAACGAGGAUCUGGUCGGGAUCGAUAACGGGGAUUUAGAGUUUCUCGAGAAAUCCGAUGAAAAUGUCGGAAAGUUUCAGUUUUUACCUCUUCUGGAUACGUUUCUAUGGGAUGACGACGAGUUGCUGAGUCUGAUUUCGAAGGAAAACGAAACGAGUCCUUGUCUCUGCGACGAUGUCUUAGACGAGUUUCUGGUUACUUGUAGAAGAGAGGCGUUAGAUUGGGUUCUUAGGGUGAAAUCUCAUUACGGGUUCACUUCGUCGACGGCUCUGCUCGCUGUGAACUACUUCGAUAGGUUUCUCACAAGCAUAAAGUUUCAAACAGAUAAGCCAUGGAUGUCUCAGCUUGUAGCUGUUGCUUGUUUGUCUUUAGCUGCUAAAGUUGAAGAGAUUCAAGUCCCAUUGCUCAUUGACUUCCAAGUGGAGAAAGCAAGAUAUGUCUUUGAAGCGAAAACUAUACAAAGAAUGGAGCUUUUGAUUCUCUCUACUCUCCAAUGGAGGAUGCACCCUGUGACUCCUAUCUCCUUCUUUGAUCACAUUAUCCGGCGACUCGGCUCUAAAUGUCAUAAUCAAUUGGAGUUCUUUAGGAAGUGUGAACGUCUUCUGAUCUCCGUUGUUGCUGAUACGAGGUUGAUGAAUUACAUCCCCUCUGUUUUAGCAUCUGCAAUAAUGAUUUAUGUCAUCAAUGAUUUGAAACCAUGUGACGGAGCUGAAUACCAAUCUCAGCUCAUGACUCUACUCAAAGUUGAUCAGGAGAAAGUUAAUGAAUGCUAUGAGCUACUGUUGGAGCACCAUCCGAGCAAGAAGAGGAAGAUGAAUUGGCUCGAUCAGGACAGUCUAAGCGGUGACGACAGCUCAAAUGGCUCCUGUGUUGUCUCUGCUACUUCAGUGUCAUCAUCGUCUUCAGCUCCAGAGCCUCUGCUCAAGAGGAGAAGAGUGCAAGAGCAACAAAUGAAGUUGCCUUCUAUAAACCGUAUGUUUCUCGAUGUGCUUAGUAGUCCUCGCUAG